CUGGAGACAAUAUUUUUCCCUUCAAAGCCAAAGAUUUCUAUUUUCAUUUUCAGCCAGUUAUAUCUUCAAUAUUUCCAGGAUGCAUAAAUCAUGGCUCCAUCCACCAAAAUACGUCCAACAAGCAACACUGAUCUCCUUCGGCGGUGCUUUGUUCGGGUACCUCCACUCCCCACCCCCUCGUCACCUCCCACCUUCACUCCAACCCCUUCUAAUUCUUCCCAGACUCGACACAGGGACAAUCGGGCCCCUAACAACAAUGCCCCAGUUCGCAACCACGUUCGGCUCGCUCUCCUCUACGGUGCACGGACUCGUCGUCUCCACGAUCCUCAUCCCAGCGGCCCUGUCCUCUUUCUUUGGCGGGCAUCUUGCAAACAAAGUGGGAAGAUUGAGGGGAAUCGCUCUCGGAGCGGCGGUGUUUGGCAUUGGCGCUGCAGCGGAAGCGAGUUCUGUGAAAUUGGGGAUGCUGAUUGCUGGGCGGGCUGUGAAGGGGAUUGGUGAAGGUCUAUUCUUGUCGACUUGUGUCGUGUAAGUCUACGUCCCCUUUCACCCAUCUCGAAAUUAAGUUGAUGUUGAUGUUUGAUGUCUGGUAGAUACAUCACGGAAAUCUCGCCCCCAAGAUCACGAGGGACACUUGCCUCAAUCCCCCAACUCCUAACCACGAUCGGCGUCUGCUCUGCUACUUCACCUGCUAUGGCAGCGUCUCCAUAGCCUCUUCCGCAUCCUGGCGCAUCCCAUUCGCGCUCCAAGCCCUACUCGCCUUUCUCUUCACGCUCUCCACCCUCUUCUUCCUCGUCGAAUCACCCAGAUGGCUCGCAGCUUGCGGACGACACGGUGAAGCCAUGAAGAUGUGGGAGGAGCUCGGGAUCGAUGCCGCGGAACGAGAGAAGAUUGAAGAGCGAGAAGCGGGCGAGUUGCCUGAGCAAGUAAAGGUUGCGGAUCUGUUUGCUGUUUUCGGGAAGGAGAAUUGGAGGAGGACGGCGUUGGGGGUUU